GCAGAAUUACUGCACUCUUUGUGCAUUCGAACAGUGUUUGUCUUGUACGCUGCAAUGAGCCUUUUGCGGUCCGGAAGAGGCAGCUUACAAUGAGCUCAUAAAGAAACUUCACUAUUUGCUUUGUCGAGAGGCCGCAACGAGAGUGACGAUUGUUCGGAGGUGGUUGGUGGAUCAGUGUUGGCGGCUCACAAAUACAAAAAAAUCCAGCAAUUUGUGAUCCACGUUUUUUGUUCGUCACCUACUGAUACAAGCAAAGUAUGCAAACAAGCUUCACCACAUCGUAAUCGUGAUCGGUUUACCGCUUCGAACGUUGGUGUGUUGAAGCAGGGGUUUACUGAUUGCGUCCCACGACUGUGAUGCUACAUUCUAACAGCGCAGCGUUCAAAAGUUGUGAAAUAUAUCAGAAUUAAAGAAAAUAUUUACGUACUCGGUGUAAUCGAGAAGAUCAACCGACAGGCGAAAACUUUUCGGUUCAAAAGUGCAUGAUCACUUUCUAGUGGCGAGAGUUGGAAACGACGGCUUUUGUGCAAGAUAACAGUGGUUCUCUAUUACUUGUAGUUUGUGAUUGUAUGCGUUACAUGGAUCGUCGCUUGGUGUUGAAGAAAGGAAACCUCAACGGUUGAUUAUAGCAACGUGAAUAUGUUUCAGAAGACCUCAUUUGAUAGUGAGGCGACAGUAUAGACCCAAAAUAAUCAUCCUAAUUAAUUACUCAACAUUACGCAACCGCGGGAUGGCGAAGGCAAAACAUCCCGAUUUCGGGAACCAACCCACGGCUACCAUUGAUAGUACUGCGACUCAACAAAUACCGUCGGCCGAUGGAAUAACAUUGCGAAGUAAUGUUCAAGACACCAGCACAGUAACCAGUACCACGGACAGUACCAGGGGAAGUCUUUCCAAUAUCUCUACGACAUCCAUCAAACAAACAGACAACAGAGACGAUAAUUCGAGCGCCUUCGACAGCAGCAGUGAUACGGAGUGUGAUGAUGAAACAAUUACACGAGUCAUUGAAAGGAUACCAAAUGAGCUGGCUCCCGGAGAAACGCGUAUGAUUCAAAAUGGAAGGUUAAUGUUGGGUCCAGAAACCAUCAAUCCUGGGCUUCGACCACCGCCUAGCAUCGGUUCUAUAGCGCUACAAAACUCUUCGGACAUCACGUUCGGCAAUAAAACUUACAUCAAGGGACAGGUUGUGAUCAAAAAUAUAUAUCAGGAUCGAUUGAAUGGUUCUAGCAAUGCUGGAUACCAAGAACACGAGAACGACGCGGUGGAAACCAGUAAAAAAGAACCUCCAGCAACGUUAUCUUCUCAGGCUAAAUCCUGGCAGUCUAGUCUUAAGGCAUUAAUUAAAGAUAAGCCUCUGCUCAGCUCAAUACUGAUAAUAACACUGAUCUGCUUCCUGAGCGCCGGUGUGGCGAUUAUUUGCAUCCUCACUGCGUCAGGUAAAACUAUAUUUAGCCCUCCGAUAGGCGAUGGAGAUGAUGAUCGUGUCAAUGUCCCUCCGGAAAAGGACAUAGAAGGUGAUAUUUUCCCCGAUCCGAAGCCAUUGCGGCUGGUAACCCGUACCGAGUGGCUUGCUCAACCGCCGCGGGAAGUGUUGGCUGAUCUGAAGCUUCCGGUCAACAACGUCAUUAUUGCACACACCGCCACUGAAGGAUGUACUACACAGCCAGCAUGUCGCCUACGAGUGCGUUAUUUGCAGCUUUUUCAUAUGGACGGCAUGAACUACGAUGACAUAAGAUAUAACUUUCUUAUUGGAGGCGAUGGCAACAUUUAUGAAGGGCGUGGAUGGAAGAAAAUCGGUGCACAUACGCAGGGAUAUAAUUCAAAGAGCAUAGGAAUUGCGUUUAUCGGAGACUAUAACUAUGUCGACACGCCCUCGGAGGAACAAAUGGAACUGUUGCAGAAAAUACUACAAGUUGGUGUCGAAAAACGACACUUACCGGCGAAGUACAAAAUAUAUGCUUCCGAGCAACUUGAACCAACUGCACCAACCGGGAAAUUACUGCUUUUGGCAUUGCGGAAACUUGAUCAGUUCGUCGACAAAACACAAGAACACGCGAACAAGUCCAUACGUUCUGUUCAGCAUAAUUAGGCCAACUGUAUGUACCACGUGAAGUUAAUACAAGAGUUCCACAUAAGCCCCGAAUCGAGAAAUUUUUCUGAUAUUGCGUAUCAAUUUCUGGUUGGCGGCGACGGGAACGCAUAUGAAGGAAG